UCUUAAUGGGCCCUUUCAUUUUACUGUGUUUAAACCGUGGUAGAUAUUGUAAAAGAUAAUACUACAGAUAUACAGAUAAAAAGGCUCUAAGCUCACAGAUUUCCCAAAGUGGACAGAUAAAAUGGGAAAGAUGCAUCCAUCAGCCAGGGAGAUAGAAACAUACCCUGCUGGUGGGCCUGUCUUAGAUCAGACACCAGUUAUCGUGACAGGCAAAUACAACAUGACUUGUUGGACAUAGCUGAACUUUGCAGUAUUUGGGGGGCAGUAAUGACCUGAGUUGGUUCUGUACCACAUUUUGGAGCAUGGUCUUGCAGAAGGAGAAAGUCCUGGUAGAUGUGGUUAUGAGGUGAAGUUUGCUUCUGAGUUGGACAGAAGACUAUUAAGCAUGCUCAAUGUGUUGGCAGGGCGGCAAGACUCAGCUGACCACUGGUGUGUUGUAAAGAUGACAUCCAUGAACAAGGGCAACGAAGAGAAGACACAGGGAGCGAACAGGAAGCAGCUUCUGGAAGAGUUGAACGAGAAGCGCGAGUCCUACUGCCUGGUGGAAAGAAGCAACGAAGUCAACCUGCUGAGAGUUCAGAAGAGGCACUUCAGCAAGGCCUACCAGACCUUAGCUUGCAUGCAUAUCAAAGAAUCUGUUCCCGAAAGUACCAGGACCUCCUGGGUCAAGCAUGAUCUCUCUGUGCACAAGGAGAAAAGGCACUUUCUGCCAAAAAAUAAUGCCAUAUUUGGAUGAAGUAUAUCUCCAGAGACACACAAAUAAACUCUCUUUCAUCAGUC